AUGGAGCCUGCCCCAAAGGCGGACCCGCGCUUUGUUGCCGAUGGCGUGUUUUACGCCGAGCUGAACGAGCUCCUGGUGCGGGAGCUGGCCGAGGAUGGCUACAGCGGCGUCGAGGUCCGCCAGACGCCCAUGCGCACGGAGAUCAUCAUCCGUGCCACACGCACCCAGAGCGUGCUGGGCGAGAAGGGCCGCCGCAUCCGCGAGCUGACCUCCGUGGUGCAGAAGCGCUUCAACUUCCCCCCGGAGACGGUUGAGCUCUAUGCCGAGAAGGUGGCCAACCGCGGCCUGUGCGCCGUGGCGCAGGCCGAAUCGCUGCGCUACAAGCUGCUCGGUGGCCUGGCUGUGCGCAGGGCCUGCUACGGCGUGCUGCGCUUUGUGAUGGAGAGCGGCGCCAAGGGCUGCGAGGUCAUUGUCAGCGGCAAGCUGCGCGCCGCGCGCGCCAAGAGCAUGAAGUUCAAGGACGGCUACAUGGUGUCCUCCGGCGACCCCGUCCGCGUGUACCUGGACAGCAGCGUGCGCCACGUGCUGCUGCGCCAGGGCGUGCUGGGCAUCAAGGUGCGCAUCAUGAAGGACUGGGACCCGACUGGCCGCCAGGGCCCCAAGAUGCCCAUGCCCGAUGUGGUCAAGGUGCACGAGCCCAAGGAGGAGGAGGUAUUCGCUGACAAGGCCAAGGACCUUGACCUCUGA